AUGAUUAUCCAAAAGCAGGAUUCAUCAUCCCGAUCAACCAAUAGAAUGCAGCGAGGCGAAUGCUACGUCAUAAGCCCCAUGAGCUAUAACUACCGUUCCGAGCACUAUCUUUUCAAGCCACAUUCAAGGAUUAUCAAUCCAUUCCGAGCACCGCCUGUUCUCCGAACCCCCUGCAUCAUGGAAGCCUUAAUUUCGCAGGUGUUGAACAAGUCUGGCGAGGAGACGAAAGAUCAAGAUGGCGAACAGCCGUCCACCAAGGACAAGUUGACGAAAGAGAUCCAAAACCGCGUCGAUGAAGCCUCAAACUUGCAGGGAAAGUCAAUCCAGCUUCACGAGCAGGCGGAUGAAGCCGAAGAUCCGAAAGUUGCCGAAGACUUGAGGUUCCAAGCUCGCGAAACGGACAAAAAGGCAGCCAAGCUGAUGAAGACGGCCGAGCGACUCGAGGCAGGAUGGAUUCAGGGAGGCGCCUUUGGCACUGGAAUCGGUGCUGGGAUUGCGAGCGGCAUCGGAGUCACCGUUGGAACUUUGCUUACAGGAGUUGUUGCGAUCCCAACGUCGGGCUUGGGCAUGUUGAUAGGGGCCGGAACUGGCUUGGUGCAUGGCCCCUGGGUCAAGUUUACCGAGGCUUUCAGCAAGGAAGAGGCCGAAUCGAUUGUCCAAGACGCUCAGAAGGAAGCCGACAAUAUCAUCAAAUCGGAAAAGACGGAAAAGCCGGAAAAGCCGGAUGAGUCGUGACUGUUACUGAUGCCGGAUGGAAUUUGGGAUGGAGCGCUGGACAAAGCAUUCAGACUGUAUCAUGGUUUUAGAUGAGCGAGACUGCAAAAACAUAAGAUUGGUGUAU